CCCGUUGUCGACGUAGUGUUGUGUUGGAGAAGUUGAAGAUGGCGUCGGAGAGCUCCUCCACGUACCCGGCGGGGCUACCCUAUUCUAAUGUCGGGGAUUACUACCCCAGAAAGUUUGGACCAAAACCCGACGUGGUUCCUUCUGGGGUGACAGAGAGAAAAAACAUCCCGCUAGAUAAACCGGACAUGGUGGCCUUGGAUGUCAUCAACAUUCCAGAGCCUGAUGUACCACUUCAUAGAAAAAAGCAAGAGACAGACACCUAUGUUUUGGGAACUAUUCAUCCAUUCCGGAAGUCUCAAAGAUCUUUCUACGGCAAGUUUGUACAAGAAUUCCGCUUGGUAACAGGUGACAGACGGUCAUGGAAAAUUUUGCUGUUUGGCUUCUUAAACUUGAUGUGCACUGGCUUGCUAUUGAUGUGGUGCAGCUCUACCAACAGCAUGGCCUUAACAGCUUACACAUACUUAAUAAUCUUUGAUCUGUUCAGAUUGAUAACGUGCCUAAUAAGUUCAUGGGUGACUAUGAAGAAAUCCAGCCCUGUUUACUCUUUUGGGUUCGAGAGGUUCGAAGUCCUAGCAGUGUUUGCUUCAACUGUGCUGGCCCAGCUUGGAGCCCUGUUCAUCCUAAAAGAAAGUGUGGAACGUUUUGUGGAGCAGCCGGAGAUACAUACGGGUCGUCUCCUAGUUGGGACUUUUGUGGCGUUAUGUUUUAACUUGCUGACCAUGCUGUCUGUGAAGAACAAGCCAUUUGUCUACGUGUCAGAAGCUGCCAGCACCAGUUGGCUCCAAGAACAUGUAGCAGAUCUGAGCCGAAGUUUGUGUGGAAUAAUCCCCGGCCUGAGCAGUAUUCUGUUGCCGCGCAUGAAUCCCUUCGUGUUGAUAGACCUGGCAGGGGCAGUGGCUCUCUGUAUCACAUACAUGCUAAUUGAAAUUAAUAACUAUUGUGCAGUGGACACUGCUUCAGCUAUUGCCAUUGCUGUAAUGACUUUUGGCACCAUGUACCCUAUGAGUGUCUAUAGUGGAAAAGUGCUGCUUCAGACAACGCCGGCUCAUGUUAUUGGUCAGCUGGAUAAACUACUGAGAGAGGUUUCCACUCUUGAUGGGGUUUUGGAGGUUCGGAAUGAGCAUUUUUGGAAUAUUGGGUUUGGUUCUCUGGCUGGCUCAGUACACGUCCGAAUACGCAGAGAUGCCAAUGAACAGAUGGUGCUUGCCCACGUGACCAAUCGCCUGCACACCCUUGUUUCUACUUUAACCGUUCAGAUUUUCAAGGAUGACUGGACCAGGCCAUCUCUGGCUACUGGACCCCUUCCAGCAGGCAUGCUGAAUCUGUCUGAGUACAGCAGCCUCCUAGCAGUGCCGCCUGUGAAACCCACCGGUGAUUUAAACCCAGUAACAUCAACCCCAGCCAAGCCCAGCAGCCCGCCUCCUGAAUUCUCAUUCAACACGCCUGGAAAGAACGUCAACCCCGUCAUCCUGCCAAGCACUCAGCCUGCCAGGCCCUACGGUGUGGGUCUUGCUUAUGGAGCAGUUCCAUAUAGCAGUACGUUCAGUCAAGGGCUUGGAAGACCGGGGAGUGGACUAGGAAUGGGAAUUGGAACAGCUCAGGCAUUCAGGACUGGUUUUGGCAACGUUCCUGGCAGAUACGGAACAAUCACUCAGGGACAGUUUAGUCAGUAUAAGCCUUGAUCUGCUGCUGAAAGCUCUGUAAUAUCUAUUGCUGGAAAAAAUGCAUCGUCUUGGUUAUAAAGAGGGUUUUGUAUUCUUUAUUUUUUUUCAUGACUAAAUACAGUAUUUGAAAAGUUAACUGACGGAAGUGUUUAAAUGUGGAUGAUCAUCAACAGAAAAAAGUUGUACGUUGCUAAACUAUAUUUUAAUACUUUUAUUUUGAUCUUGGGCUUUUUAGUAACUUGCAACAUUACUGUACUAAAAAUGUGAUAUGUAAAGGGAGUGAGAGACAUGUAUAUCUGGGUAAGUGGGCACCACAGUUGCUCCAAACCCUAAUGCGUCAGUGUUGAAUUGCCCUGUGUAACAAGUAUGGGUAUACUGUAGGCCCAGAUCAUUUUAAAAUGUUGCAUAUUGUACCUGGCUCGAACCUGGUCAAUCAGCUGAUUUCCUCUCACCCAAAAUCGAAUUGUUGAUUAUCUGCAGAAAUUGCACGAGUACUCAAAUACAACAAAAAAAAAAAUACUGAGUUUUGGCAAGUCUCUUGCAGUACUCUCCCUGUGAAACUGCAAAUAAGGAGGACACCCACUGAGUGAGAGGACGCAUCCCUUUUAAACUGUCCCAAAUUAAUACAUUAUUGUUGGUAGAAAUGUUGUAUGUGAUCACUCUACACAACUUAACAUGUUUUUAAGAUUAUAUUUUUUCCCACAGUAAGGGGAUAUUUUCAUGUAAUAGUACUGUACAGAAUUGUGCUUUACAGAAAUAUAAACAAUUUUUUUUUGUAUUAUAAUUAUUAUUAUUAUUAUUGGUGCAGAUAUGCUUGGAAAGCUACAGGAAUUGGUUGCGUUAGCUGUCAGUGCAUUUAAUUAUGGAACACUAUUUACUGCACCAAUUUUAAUACAAAAUGUUAAAUAUUACAUUUAAUGGUUAUUUUUGAAACGGGGAUCGAGGCGAUAAAUAACAAUGACAAUAUAAAGUAUAUUGUACUAAUAUCUGUUUUUGUAAUGGUUCAUUAUACCAUUCUUGUAAAUAAAAAGAACUCAAGAAUGGUUUCAAAUGUCA